UUUCAGACUGGAGAGCAAAGACAAAAUCUGGAUGUGAUAUCCAUAAUAUGAGGCAUUAUGCAGGAAAUGUAUACCAGAAUGAAAGAUGUUAAUUCGGAUGUACAUACUGUUGAAAACAUGAUGCAGACUGUGACUGUCACGAAAAUCGUUGCCGACCUCGGAAUGAACUGGACUGAACUUCAUAAUGUACCAGUUCCUUUCCCUGCCAACAAAUAGCAUCAAAACUACCAAUUUCAAAUUGGGAUGAGAAACGUCGCUGCGAUACCGUCUAAGCGAUAUAAAAACCAAAUGUCUCAUUGUUCGGGACUUCCGUGUUCCUGGAAUCGGUUACUGCUCGAGUUGUAUUGUCAAAGUGGGUUCUUUAGUGUUAUCUGGGGACAUGCGGUGUAAACAGUGUUUGUUUCAGGAUAUUAACUCUGGUUUUUUACGAUGUCUGGACGUGGGAAAGGCGGUAAAGGUCUUGGGAAAGGUGGUGCUAAGCGUCAUCGCAAAGUCCUACGUGAUAACAUUCAAGGUAUAACAAAGCCGGCUAUUCGUCGUUUGGCACGUCGUGGUGGUGUGAAGCGGAUUUCAGGUCUGAUUUAUGAAGAAACGCGUAGCGUACUAAAGGUUUUCUUGGAAAAUGUUAUACGUGAUGCCGUGACAUAUUGUGAGCAUGCUAAACGAAAAACGGUUACGGCGAUGGAUGUUGUUUAUGCUUUGAAACGUCAAGGACGUACUCUCUACGGUUUUGGUGGCUGAAUUUGUUGAUAUUAAUGCAAGCUGUCAUACUUACAUAUUCAAACUUGUGACUGGUUAUUUGUUGAUGGCUUCAAAAUACUGCAAAUGUUUCUGAUGCAUAUGAUUUCGUAUUAGUUUGUAUAACAGUGCUUAUUGCUUUGAUGGGUUGAUGUGAAAACACUGGGCGUACAUGGAGAAUGCGAGGGUGGAGGCUGAUGAAAAAGGAAAAGGAUGAACAUUGUUUUUAACGUAAACUUGAAUUAACUAUGAGUAAAAUGUAAUUCUUAAGCACUGUGUAGUGCUGCGACUAAGGGAAUCAUUCCUUUUAGAUAGUCCUGCCAUAUCCCUAUCAAUAAUGUUCAAUAAAUUUGUCGAAUUCAUAAGGCAUAAGCAUCAUAUAACCUGUUUUGUUGGCAGCACUUUUUGACAGUUUAUAUAUAUUUUUAGAUUUAUUUUCUAUUCCUUUCUUUUUCUCCUAUCAUGGAUAUUUCCUUGCACUUUGUAAUUAUAUUGGGGACGGCUGCAAAAUGUU